CUCCCCUACAACCACAUAUAAAGGUGCGUAUCUCUGUCCUGCUCGCCACUAUACCACCCGCGUCCCAUAUCACGAGCUACCAACGCAGUGCCCGCACAUACCCAUUGCUUAAGACCAGGGCUACUAUUCCGAAGAGAUGUCCGACGAGGUCGUUCCCAACGGCGCAGCACCUCCCAAUGAGCCCACCAAGACCAAGGGCAUGCCCAAUAAGAUGUCCCUUAAGCUGUCCCACUUGCCGAGCAAGAAGGAGAUCAAGGUCGUGUACCCCCGUACCCCUUCGUCUAUUGAUCCCAACAACCCGCCAUGGCCCGCGUUCCGUGGCUACCACACGUACUCCUUCGCAUAUGCCACGAUGGGCCACCGCCUGCCAACUAUCCUUGGCAAGGCCAUCGAUGACGUGAUUGAGACACUCAACCAGGAGUCGGAGGAGGACCGUGUCAAAGAUCUUGUCGAGUGCAUCGAGCGUAUGGAACAGCUCAAGAUUGACCUUGAGACACACGCCAAGUUGCGCCCCGUUGUCGACGACGGUGAGGCAGACGUUGCGCUCUGGAACAAGGAGAUCGCCAAGUUCUUCCAAGGCAAAGACUUCAUGAACGCGCCGUGGCUGUUUGCGGAGGCGUACAAAUACCGUCGACUCCGCGAGUGUUUCAGCGUCAGCAAGUAUUGGCAACAAUAUGAUGUUUUCUUCAGGCAGAAGUGUGACACGUUCUCUCGGUCAAGCGAUGCCGUCUUUGAGCUUUCAACGCGUUUCGUCGAGCCAUUCAAGCACAAGGAAGGCUUAUCCGUUCCGGACAGGACCGAAGCGGAGCGGUUGAUGUUCAUGGAACUGACGCAGAUUUGUCUUUGGGGAAACUCAACCGAUUUGUCCCUACUUAUCAACAUGACCGAGGAACAGAUCAAGUCACUACAGUCAACCGGUGGUGAGAACCUUGCUGCGACCGAGAAGAACAUUCUCGGCAACGACAUGGCCCGUCUUUGGGAGAUUGUCAACGAUCUCAGAGGCAACACUGGUGGCCGCGUCGACUUCGUGCUCGAUAAUGCCGGUUUCGAGUUGUACUGUGAUUGUGUCUACGCGGACUUCCUGAUUCAAAGUGGUUUGGCGAAAGAGGUUCGUUUCCAUGGGAAGCGUUACCCGUGGUUCGUCUCGGACGUCACCAAGAAGGAUUGGAAUUGGUUGCUCAACUCUAUGGUAUAUGGGCACCUCUUCCCGAAGUCCACCGACGCCGAGAUGGAGAGCUUGAGGCGCCUAGGUCUCCGGUGGAAGGAAUACGAAAGGGAGGGCAAAUGGGUGUACGAACAGCACCCCUUCUGGUGCACUGGGUACACCUACUGGGACCUACACAGCGAGGCUCCGGAUCUGUUCCUCCACCUCUCGAGAUCGGACCUCGUCAUCUUCAAGGGUGACCUCAACCACCGGAAGCUCACCUAUGAUUGUGCUGCCCCGUCGUCGACGGAGUUCGACAUCGCUAUCGGCCCCAUGGCCUCUGCGGCUGGCGCUCCACGUGUCUGCAGUAUGCGCACGAUCAAGAGUGACGUAGUCGUUGGUCUUGGUCCGGAUGGUGAUGCGCUCGCGGAGAAGCUCGAAAAGGAAGAGCCUGGCUGGAGGAUCAGCGGCAAAUACGCUGUUAUCCUCCUUUCCGACGGCCGUCCUGGGGAGAAGGUCCGCUUCGCAUAAACAGCAGCGAGCGAAAGACGACUUCUGAGGAGGGAAAGACGGACUUCGACGAAUGAAAAUUACUGGAUGUCACUACUAGAAGGCUCAUACAACUAUCUAUGCACUGGGAUACGAUGACCGGCGUGGCGGAUAUGACGGUCACGUGUGAAGCGAGGCGUACCAGCAGCCCGCCUCAUUAUUACUGAGUGAGCUUGGAUGGUCAGUUGCAAGAGAGCGAGAGGGGAAUGAUUGGCGGUGUGGGGCGCAGCCCGCAGGGCUGCCCGACUCGAAGAGUGUGCCUGGACCUGAGGGGCAACGGGUGAGCCG